AUGUGCCUGCGGAGUACGGUGCCAGGGAGACGAAGCUCACCUGGCGAGGGCAGGCGAGGGCGGCCGACUCGCCCCGAGCCGCCCCUAUCACAAGCAACUGGAAACACGCAUCGACUUCUCGACCCGCGAACUGCGUACUUGUUGAUAGCCAACUAUUCACGUCCCGAGCACAUGAACGGGCGUGCUUGUGAUAAAACAAGGAAGUGGGAAACUGAAUCGGUGGCCGGUGUCCUCGAACGCGCAGCACUGCGAGAAGUCCUGAAUAAUUCAUCGGCAUAUUUAACCGCGUCCCAAACACCUGGCAUACAUGAUAAGAUAAAAUUGAAUAUGACGAAA